CACCUCAACUCCCACGAGCUGGAGCGGCGGUCCUCACUUUUUCAUGAAAAAUGUCCCCACUGCGAAAAAGCGUUCUUCCUUCGUCUUCACUUUACCGACCACGUGAAUGCGCAUGAAGGCCCGAAGAACCACGCCUGUCCCGUGUGCAAACGGAAGUUCACCCAGAAAGCAAGUUUGACCCGUCAUCGCUUCGUCCACCUGAGCGGGGAGGAGCGCGCGGAGGUGCGGCAGCGAUGGCGACACGGCUCCUACUUCUGCAGCACUCCAUUCCAAAGUCCGUUCCAGCUCAAUCGUCAUCUUGUGACCCACACCCAGGAAAAGGAGGGCGGAAGGUGUCACGUGUGUCGAAAAUCGUUCUCCUCCGAACGAACCCUGAAGAAUCAUCGGUUCGCCCACCUCUCCGAAGACGAGAAGGCCGCCCUCGUGAAGCAGGGUUCGGGUCGAGUGUGCCUCUUCUGCCAGAAGAAAUUCCCCGAUAACCGCACUUAUCAUUCCCACCUGGUCUCCCACACGAAGGAGAAACCGUUCCCCUGCGACCAGUGCGGGGCGCUGUUCCCUCGUAAUGCUGCCUUAAACAUGCACAAGCGGGUUCACACCUCCAAACCAAAAUCCUUCAAGUUCGACGACCAAGCUUUCGGUCAAAAACAUCAUCUGACCAGUCACAAGAAGACGAUGCACCGAAAGUUGAAGGACAUCGCGUGCCCCGAGUGCGGCAAGAAGUUCGGGAGGAAGGGUCACAUGGUGCAGCAUGUGAACGGUGUUCAUGCCAAAAUCCGGCACCCCUGCCCCCAUUGUGACCAGACGUUCACGCAGAAAGGCAACCUUGGGAGGCAUUUGAAAAAGGUUCAUCCCCCAGACUAAAGUCUUUCUCCUGCUAAACAGCGUCUCAUCAAGAGACCACGUGUCGUCCAUACGUUAUGUUUUUAAAUGUUCCUGAUUUGACCAUUUAUGACAAGUUUAUUAUCCUCAUCCGAUUCAUAAAAAUGGUGUAAUUGAAUUAUUAUGUCGUUAACAUGACUCUAUUUUUGUUACGUUUUUCACCAUGCCGAUUUUUAUGGAGUAAAGUCAUUCUAUUUAAUAUGAAACUGUGCUCGCGUCGCGCUCCCAUUUUUCCAUGCGCCGACCCGACAUAAAUGCAAGGCUGGACCAGUGACAGAUUUCGUCGUGACGAGAAGUAAGGCCAACUUGUGCACAUACCUGUUCAAAAAUUUAAUUUUCAUUCAAAAUUCAGUCAUCCCAAUAUCUGAGUGAAG